UGUCGGAAAAUUCCUUUUAGCUGCAUGAGAUUGAAGGUUAAUACAGCCGGUGGAAUGAAUUAGAAGUAUACUUAAAGUGGGAUUUAUUAAUAUAUAAUUUGAGUGUAAGGGCAAAAUAUGGUAAUGGCACGAAAAGGAGUCCUUAGCGUGAUACAAAGAUUAGGAUCCGCCACCAAAUUAGGGUGGCAUCGAUUUGGAGAACAAAAAUGUCGCGCAUUAAGUAACCAUCAUCGAGGAUUACAUGUUUCCACAGCUAUCCAAAUUUUUGGACGAAAGUCGGACUGCCAACAAUUUGGAAGAUUAUAUACAACAGAAAGUACAAAGAAAGCAUCGAGUCCAGAGAUUUUGUCAAAGUUGUUCCCCCAAACUGCAGCCAAUGUUGACGAAGAGACUGAACGCGAAAGAAAACGCAAAGAAGAGGAGGAGGCAAAGGAAAAUGAAAAGGCUUGGAAACGAAUGAAAAUAGGGUUUUCAGUAUUUGGAGGUAGUGGUCUUGCACUAGCCAUAUGGGCUGUAUAUGAGUUCGGAAAACCCGAGGUAGAUGCCGAAGGACAAGUAAUCGAAGAUGAAUUUAGUAAAAGCCCAGUAAUUCAACAGUAUAUACAGCGUAUGUGGAAAUCUAUGAAUUACUACCAAAAAAUGAUUCAGGAGCCAUCACGCGAUAAGCUUUUACCAGAUCCUUUAAAACACCCAUACAUACAGCCGCCUUACACAUUAGUACUAGAAAUGAAAGAUGUUCUUGUACAUCCAGAUUGGACAUACCAAACUGGAUGGCGGUUUAAAAAACGACCCGGUGUUGACCAUUUCUUACAAGAAUGUUCAAAGCAUUUCGAAAUUGUCGUAUUUACUGCAGAACAAGGAAUGACGGUAUUUCCUAUUUUAGAUGCUCUGGACCCAAAUGGCUAUAUCAUGUAUCGUUUGGUACGCGAUGCAACUCAUUUUGUGGAUGGACACCACGUUAAAAAUUUAGACAAUUUAAACCGAGAUCUAAGGAAGGUCAUAGUCGUGGAUUGGGAUCAAAACGCAACUAAGUUGCACCCUGAUAAUACUUUUAACAUUGCCAGAUGGCUAGGUAAUGAUGACGACUCGCAACUACUUGAUUUGAUAUCAUUUUUAAAAACUCUGGCAUCUGCUGAAGUUGAGGACGUUCGCGAUGUGCUACAUUACUAUCGGCAGUUCGAUGAUCCCAUAGCUCAAUUCAGAGAAAACCAACGCCUUUUACUAGAGCAAAUGCAAGAGAAAGAACGAGAGGAGCAAACCAAAUCGAAACCAAUUGUGAAAAAAUGGACUCCAAGCUUUCUUGGGCGGUCAUCUUAAGCGGAAACGCCUGAUAAAUUCUUAUUCGCUGUUUUGCAUAGCUUUUAUUCAUUAAAAUGAAAAGUUUCCUUCAUUUAAA